UUAACGCCAUCAAUUGAUAUGAAUAUUAACUACUUCAGAAACUUCAUAACAAGCAUUCUCAGUGUUUGGUGACGUUUGUUAAAUUAAUUUUUAUAUUUUUUAUUUAUAUAUUUACCCAGUUAAAUAUCCAAACAAAAUGAUAUCCUAGCAUUUAAAUUAUAUAUCAUUAUAUAAUAUUUGGUGAAAAAUCCAUUGAUAUAAGGAUAAAUAAAGUUUAUGUGCAUAUAAUAAAAAUUAGACAUUUAUCAUAAAUAAUUGAGUGUAUAAUCACCCACAGUCAUCACAGUUAUAUUAAAAUUGUAUACAGUUAUUAUAAUUACGCAUCAAAAGCGACGAACUUAUUAUCAGUGGGACCUAGAAGAUUUAAAAACAAUGGCUUGUUUACUUCAGAAUCAAGAAAAUAUUCAGAUUAAAAUACCUUCAUUUGAAACAAUAGAUGGUGUAACGUAUUAUCUUAUUCAGGUUAGCAUUGGAGAUGUCACUUGGACUUUAAAACACCGAUACAAUGAAUUUGCAGAGCUCCAUGAAACUUUAAUGUCUGAACAUUGUGUAGAGAAAGACAUUCUUCCUCCAAAAAAACUUAUUGGCAACAAAAGUGAAGCUUUCAUUGAAAAACGUCGAAGUGCAUUGGAAGCUUAUUUGAAUUCUGUGUAUAAUUACCUUAAAAAAACAAUGCCAAGAGAGUUAGUGCUCUUUUUGGAUUUACAUAUCUAUGACAUUUUUUUCCUUCUUCAAAAUAUGGCAUUAGAAUUUUUUACCAAAGGAUGUUUAAUAUUGGAAUCAAAUGAAUAUAAAUUUUCACCUGUCCAGCUAUACGCUAUCAGUGAAAGGUUAAAACAACCGUGUCCAACAUUAGAAGUUAUAGAUAAAAAGUUUGAUUUUAGUCACGUUCUUGAUGUAAAUUCUCAAUUGAAAAGUUUAAUAAUUGAAAGUACAACAGACUCAUAUGGAACAAGUAAUAUUAAUCCUUCAAGUUUGCCAAUUGAACUGUCAACGUUUAAAAAUGUAGAACAUUUAACAGUAAAUCAUUAUCCUCUUGACAAAAUUUACGGAAUGGGUAAUCUUCGAGACACAAUAAAAGUCCUUGAAGUCCAUCACACUCAGCUAAAAAAUAUUGUAGAGCUGGCAAUGUGUGAAGAAGUUCAUAAGUGUAUUGAUAAUGCUAAUGACUCUCACGUCUGGUUGAAAGUAAAACAUUUGGAUCUGAGUGAUAAUCGUAUUCAAGUUAUUGACGAAGCAAUAAAACUGAUUCCUCAUGUAGAAUCUCUUAUAUUAAAUAAUAAUCUAUUAUCUGAGAUUUCUAAUGUUACUCUUCUACCUCGUUUAUCACAAUUACAUUUAGCUUCAAACCUUUUUAAUAGUUUACCAGACAAUUUACAUACAAAACUCGGUAAUAUUGUAUAUAUAGACAUGUCACAAAAUAACCUAACGUCACUUUCAAGUUUUUCAAAGCUCUAUUCUUUAGAGUGGUUAGAUGUUAGCUGUAAUCGAAUUGAAAAUAUCGAGGAAGUCAAAUAUGUAGGAUUUCUACCAUGCUUGGAAAAUUUAAGACUUACUGGCAAUCCAGUAUCGACAAUAAUUGAUUAUAGAGUAAAAGUUUUGGAGCCUUUCGGUAAACGAGCAGCAGAUAUUUAUCUCGAUAAUGAGAAGCCAAAUCAAAAGGAACUUGAUACCGUGGCAAUUUUACAAGCCUUGAGAAUUGCACGAGAAGGUAAAUCAUCAACAUUUAAUACUGCCGAUUCAUCACUCUUUUCAGCAGAAAUACCGACUGUUUAAAUAUUUCUUCAUCAAUGCUUUAUUUAACGAUAAAUAGGUUUUUUCGUUUUUUAUAAUUUGUUUUACAAUAUCAUAGCUAAAAAAUAUUAACAUUGUAUAUAUGAAUUAAACUUUUUCAUAGGAGGAAAUGAGUUAAUAAGUGAAUUGAAAAAUAUAAUUGAAUUUAACAAAUGCGUAAAAUGUAUAUUUGUUUAAACUCGAAUAUGUUUAUAAUAAGAUAAGAAUGAUGAUAUUAAAUUGUAUCAUGAAUAAUGAUCGAAAAUUUGUAAUAUGACUAAUGGAAAUGACAUCCUUGUAAAUAAAAAUAUAAAUUAUUUUGUUAAUAAAAAAUAACACUGUGAUAAUAAGUGUCGUGAAAUAAAUUUUGAAUUACAUACCUAAUAAAUGAGUUAUUGUUAAUUUAUAAUUAUUUCAUUAUACACGUAAAUUUUUCAGCUUGUAUUCUUGAAAAUCUUUAAUAAUCCAUAAAUAACAUUAAUUACAUAUUUAAUGUAUGUUUAUACUAAGCAUUGUUUUUUUUUAGUCUUUUAAAGUAUAUUCUAUUCUACCACGUACAUAUUCAUUGUUACAAGUGACAAUUGAUAAUUAUUUUUCUUUUUUAUUUUCGUGCCUCUUAAAAUUUGAAUAUAUUUAUAUUUUAUAACAAACUGCUAAUAAAGUAUAAAUUGAUGCAAAUUUAUAGAAAAUAUUGACAGU